AUGCUAAAUAUAUUAUCGGUGCAUUUAUUGGAUGCCAAGGAAAGAGGCGCCGAAAGCGCAAGCUUACCUUCGCCAAAGACGAUAUUAGCUCGGCAGCAACUCUUAGCUCGAAGAGGUAAUCCACCACAAAAAGCCUGUAACGUCAGGGAAGAAGAUAUGAACACCGGGUGA